AAGUGACUUCAGUAAGUAAAGGAGGAAUUUCCUCAGUCAGCUGUUGAUACCGUCAUUCACUCUGAAAUGAGGAAAUUCUCCAGAAAUUCACUCGCAUGAGCUGAAUUCAGUGAAACAAGUUGUUAUUUUGUUCGUGGCCCCUUGCAGAUGAUUGCUGCUGGUAAAGUGUUGAGACACGCAAUUGGACUUGAGUUGUUGAAUAGUCAGGGUAAGAGAGUUUACAGUGUUUCAAGUGUCAUGUCGAAAUUUGAUUUGCCGAGUCGUUACAAAGAUGAGAAAUCUGUCUGGGUGGAAUAUAUUGGGCUGGCUGCGAAAUACAAACCCCUCAAUCUGGGCCAGGGAUUUCCAGAUUUCCAUGCACCAGAGCACGUAACAACAGCCCUAGCAAAAAUAGCUACCAAUGAAAAUCCUCUCUUGAACCAAUACACUCGUGGAUUUGGACAUCCGAGAUUAGUCAACGCCCUAGCAAAAUUGUAUUCAAAAAUGUUGAAUCGUGAUAUCGAUCCGAAUAAUGAAAUUCUGGUGACAUCUGGUGCAUACGAGGCUCUCUUCGUCGCUCUCCAGGGCCAUACGAGCCCUGGAGACGAGUGGAUAAUCAUUGAACCCUUCUUCGAUUGCUAUGUACCGAUGGUGGAGUCCGCUGGAGGGGUUCCAAGAUUUAUUCCAUUAAAACCAACAAAAUCCACAGGAAUGACAAGUUCAGCCGACUGGGUAUUUGAUAAAAAAGAAAUGGAGAGCCUCUUCAAUAAAAAAACUAAAGGAAUAAUCGUGAAUACCCCUCACAAUCCAGUGGGAAAAGUAUUCACACUAGACGAGCUUAAAUUCAUUGCUGAUCUAGCAAAGAAAUGGAACACUCUAGUCGUGUCGGAUGAAGUUUAUGAGUGGAUGGUAUAUGAGCCAGUCCAGCAUAUCAGAAUUGCGACACUUCCUGAUAUGUACGAGCGUACUAUUACCAUUGGCUCAGCCGGGAAGACCUUUAGUGUCACUGGGUGGAAAAUUGGAUGGGCCUAUGGACCGGCCAAUUUGUUGAAUAAUCUCAACAUUGUUCAUCAAAAUUGUGUCUACACCUGUCCUACACCUCUUCAGGAAGCUGUGGCGAUGGGUUUUGAGGAAGAAUUGAAACGAUAUGGACAGCCAGAUUGCUACUUUGAGAGCCUCGCGAGGGAACUAUUACCCAAGCGUGAUUACAUGGCCAAGUUUCUCUCGGACGUUGGUAUGUCACCGACAGUACCCGAAGGUGGUUACUUCAUGGUUGCUAAUUGGAAGUCAUUAGAGGAUUAUGUCAGACUCGAUCAGGAGCAGGAUAAAUACAAGGAUUACAGGUUUACAAAAUGGAUGACGAAGAACGUUGGGGUUCAGGGAAUUCCACCCUCUGCGUUUUACAGUGAGGGACACAAGCACUUGGCUGAGGAGAAUGUACGGUACUGCUUCAUCAAGAAGGACGAGAACCUCCAGAGGGCUGCGGAGAUCUUGAAGAAGUGGAAGACAAAACAAGGAUAAUUCAUUCCAAAUGAGGAUAAUUCAUUCAUUUUAUUAUUCUUUAUUGUCAUGUAUUUUUGCACAUUGUUAUUAAAAUGUUGAUUAAUGAGAGAA